AUGGCUUCCAACCCAGAAGGACCUCCUGGCGACGUUCCAGAGAAUAGUCGCCCGUUGACAGCGUCUACAUCAACCGGCGAAAGAGCUGCGCUAACAAUCCAUGAGCUAUCGAGCACCGUGAGAAGUUCCACAAUGUACACUUCGGCAACUCGCAUUGCAGAUGAAUACCCGCCGUCUUUAAUCGUCCCUAGAGCGCGUAAUAGGCUAUCUACAAAUGAAACAACAAGUACCUCGACGGUCGACGGAUAUGGAUCAGAACGCCUCAGCUAUACAAAUCCUAGGGACAGAAUUGUUUACCGAACUCAGCGUCCCGUUAAUCGAGUUGAGCCUUACAUCUCAAUUUUUCAAACUGACAGACGUCAUACCUCGCGUGUACGUUUCCCGGACAAUCUCGAUGAGACAACCUCUGGUUCACGUCCUACGGUUGGUGCUAAUUACGGUUCACGUGUACGACGCAUGAGGGACAGUAAUGGAAGGGAUCCUGAUCGAGACUAUACUCCGACACUAUAUGAUCCUUCGCCGGCUGUAGCAGCCAGAAACUAUCCCAAUACCUCAGAUCCCAGCUCAGUCUAUGUUCCGAGAAGAUCUAGGCCUUUCCCGCUUGUAACAGCCAGAGAUGCGCCGGAUACCGGUCGAGUCUACACUCCGAGAAGAGAAAUCUAUCGCCCGCGUGUGAGAGCCACAACUCUCAAUUUCGGGAAUCUCACUCCCGUUUCUACUCGCAACAGUGAGCAAACACAAACAACUCCCGACGUCAACUCACCACAAGAUCCCGAGGCAUCAACCACCGUCGGCACAAACGAAUGUCCCAUCUGUCUCUCUCCCUUCCCCCCUCCUCCCAAUGCCGUCCUCGUGCACCCAUGCAAUCACGAAUUCUGUCUUGUAUGUAUCCAGACCUGGAUUCAAACCCAACGACAAAGACCCAAUGCCCGACCAGUAAACUGUCCCUUCUGCCGAGGUCCCAUCAACAGAAUCGUCGACCGGGAUGGAAAUAUUGUAGAAUAUCAAAGAAACAACGUUCCAGCUGUGGUUGCGGGAGCUCAGGGAAGAUUGAGUAGAUUGCUUGGAGGUGCAGUUGCGAAUGUUGCUGAUUCAACACCAAGAGCGUCGAGCACAAUGGGUGGUGCGAACUCGUUUGAUGAGUUUAGAAGAACAUUGAAUAGGGUGGGACCUGCGGGAAAUAUUAGUGAGCAGGUUACAAGAGCACGAGAAAGAUUGGAUGAUGCAGAUGCAGAUUCGAGCCGUCCGGCAGAUUCGAGUCGUCCGGAAAACCCACUUGAUAUACCUAACGGGGCUUUGGGCUGGUGGGUUUGA